GCGCUCGUGAACGACAGGGGACUUACUGCCGGGACAGUAAACACGACAUUAUGUUGAUGUUAAACAGACUGUACAGAUCACUGUAGUAAAAAAAAAAUAUAAAAUAAAAAAAGGACGCACUGUCAGGAUUCAACCGUCGAGACAAACAGGUCUGUUCCUCAUUCUGAUCUCAAUGGGAGCGCGUGUAACAUGUGGAUAUGGUUUGUGUCUGUGGGAAAGAGGUUGCUGAUGUGUGAUGGCAGCGCGAGGAUGCUCUUUGGCGUCGGCUGAAACAGGUUGGUUUCGCUUCGAUCAAACUUCGGCGUCAGAAUCGGACGUGGGACCAUCAGCGCGGCUGAGGAUGAACUGAAUCACUGUCACUUUUAGAAGCAGCGCGCGCGCCUGGAGAUGACAGCAGCUUUAUUAUGAGAAACUGUGCUGUGGCACUGACUGUGGACUUUUACUGGACUCGGAGGGUUAAUAUGCUUAUCGCUGCAUCUGUCUGAAGGUCACCAACUAAUUCUGCUCCGGAUAUCCGUCAGAUCAGAUGCGAGGCCACAGAUGGACUCCCUGUGUAAUGGAGCCAAGAAACGUAAGGGCAGUGAUCCAGUUGUAGUCCCCAGGCCAACUCCUGCCAAGCUGGCUCGACCGGAACAAAAUGAAGCAGGACCUUCGGCCCAGGAGAGAAGGCAGGAGGGGGGCAGUCCUGUGGCCGUCAACCCUUGCCUAGCCCAGAAACAGGGCAGGAGCUGGCACAGCAAAGGGAGCCUGCUGCCAGUGUUCUGUGUGGUGGAGAACGGUGAAAACCAGUUGGAGGGAGACAAGAAAGAUGGACAUGCAGAGUUCGUGUUGAUCAGGAAAGAUCUGCUGUUUAACCAGCUCAUCGAGAUGGCCCUGGUCGCUCUGGGCUACUCUCACAGCUCUGCGGCACAGGCUGAAGGUCUGAUCCAGGUUGGCAGGUGGAAUCCUGUGCCUCUGUCUUUUGUGACAGAUGCUCCUGAUGCCACAGUGGCUGACAUGCUGCAGGACAUUCACCAUGUCAUCACCCUUAAAAUUCAGCUGCACUGCUGCCGCAAACUAGAAGACCUGCCACCCGAGCAGUGGACUCACACCACAGUGAGAAACGCCCUGAAGGAGCUCCUUAAGGAAAUGAACCAGAGCACACUGGCUCAAAAGUGUCCUCUGUCCCAGAGCAUGAUAUCGUCCAUUAUAAAUUGUGCCUCCUAUGCAAACGCCUCGGCUGCCAAGUGUCAAGAAUUUGGUCAGUGGUACAGGCACUUCAAGAAGAACAAAUGCUUCGAAGAGCCCGACAGCUGUCUUGAGCCGUCUGCAAAUAUUACCCUCACCCAACAGCCAAUCACAGGUAGCCCACCUGCGCAGAGCUCAGGCCAUCUUUUUCCUCAAGGAGAAGUAGCCAACCUGUGUGCUGGCUCACCCUGUGUUCUGCGGCCCCCGGGGCUGUUAACUCAGCCUCUCAGCUCCGAAAUGGUCAACCAGCAGCUGGUCAUGGCCCAGUUUCUCCACCAGCAGUAUGCCGUUAGCCGCAUGCUAGCAGGCCAAGGUCUCUCGUCGUCACCGCAACAGUAUCUCAACCACCUUCCCGUGAUGAGAGCUCCUGCUAAGGUCGUCUUCAAGGCCUCCGAUUCCCACGCUCCUCAGCAGGCACAGAGCUGCCCAGUUUCUGGAGGUUCUGCAGCUGAGCCUCAAAGCCAGACACCGGCAGCCUCCUCUGUGGGUCAGUGUGACAUACCGAACGACAUCUACCAGUGUGUGAGGGAGGAACUGAAGAGAGCAGGCAUCUCCCAAGCCGUUUUUGCCCGGGUUGCUUUUAAUAGGACCCAGGGCCUGCUGUCAGAGAUCUUACGUAAGGAGGAGGACCCAAAACACGCCUCCCAGUCUCUGUUGGUUAACCUGAGGGCCAUGUACAACUUCUUGCAACUCCCCGAGGCAGAGAGGGAGCGCGUUUACCAGGAGGAGAAAGAGAGGAGCCUGACUGGAUUUACUCCCAGCUGCAGCAAUACACCGCCAAGAUCCACACAGGCGAGACUGUCCCCGGUCACAGCAGACAGGGGCUUGAGGACAGACACUUGUGAUCUCAAUGUCAGCUCCUCGAUCUACGGGGAGAUCCAGCACGAGAUGAAGAGAGCCAAGGUGUCUCAGGCCCUGUUUGCAAAGGUGGCCGUCUCCAAGAGUCAGGGCUGGCUGUGUGAGCUGCUGCGCUGGAAGGAAGACCCCGCUCCAGACAACCGGACCCUGUGGGAGAACCUGUGCAUGAUCCGCCGAUUUCUCAGCCUGUCCCAGACUGAGCGAGACUUCAUCUAUGAACAGGAGAGCGGCAGCCCAGCAGCACAGCUCAUGCUGCUUGGCAAUGACAGUACACUGUACCAACACAAAUCCCCUCUGCCACAGCAACACCACCUUCAACCCCAUCAGCCCCUGCAGCCUGAGACAGGGUCGCACCUAUCUCCACGGCAACCAUGUAUUGAAUCGCCAGCCGAGUCAGACGAGGUUGGGCUCAACUGGAGAGUAUGUUUACAGAGCAGGAGCAGUGGUAGUGGUGAGAGAGGGGACAGUCAGGACGGGGCUGAGGGAGGGCGUGAAGAGGGGGGGAGUUUGAGAGGAGGGGACUGGGGUUGUCCUGGAGGAGUGAAGAAUGAGUGCAUGGAAAGCAAGGAGCAGGUGAGGGAUGGAAUUGUGGGUCAGGAAAGCAUAAGUGAGAACACCGGAGACAGCGAAGAGAGCAGGGUUAAGGAGACGCAGUCUGUCAAGUGGCCCAGUGAGAAGAACGUGAGCCAAGAUAGCGCAAGGGUGUGUUCAGAGGCGGAAAACAAUGAGGCUGAAGGUUGGGACGAGGUGCAAGGUGAGGGGUUAGGAGUGUCCUGUGAAGCCCUGGGAAUCCUGCAGAGCUUCAUCCAGGACGUAGGCCUAAACCCAGAUGACGAGGCCAUCCAUACUCUGUCGGCUCAGCUGGGCCUGCCUAAACACAUCAUCCGCAACUACUUCAACAGCCAGGACCAAGGACAGAGUAAGAGUUAUUUGUGUUCCGAGUGUCGACCGUGUUCUCCCUCUGAACACAGCCGGGACAAUCAGCACGGCAGUACAGACUCGAACCACCUCCAGGCAGACAAGUCUAUAGAGGAACAGGAGCAGGAACACAGUGGGGACAGUGACGAGAAGUCUCAAGUGAGGAAUGUGAUUUGACACAGUUGGACGAUGGCACGUAUAAAGGACAGAUGGGAGAGCAUGUAACCCAAAUACAUCCAAAAGUGUGGGUGAGCCACAUCUCCCCCGCGAGCAUCGUUAUGCAUACUCCACAUUGUUUGGUCAAACUGGCUAAUAAUAACUGCCUCGCAGUGUUCAGAGGUUUUGGUGUGUUUGAAGCACUAAACAGGCUGAGAAAGGGUGUAAAGUUAACUCAUUAUAUGUUUUUUAUACCAGAGACUUUGUAUUUCCUUACCCCGCCUUUACACUGUUAUCCUACCCUGAAACACUUGAGAAAGAAAGCAACUGGGACUUUCCUGUAAAUACAGCUAUUGUGGAAAAAAAACAUCAUGGAUUCAUAGGAAACAAUAGAAUGAUCCUCACUGUUUAAAAAAGAUGAAAAUUAAAAAAAAAAAGAAUAAUUGUGUAUGGUUGGCUGAUGUAAAGUUAGAUAACUUCUUACCAGAAAUGCCUUGCAGAAUGUGGUACUGCCAGUUUGUUACUAUAUGGUCAACAUUGCAAGUUAUGUUUAUGUUGGAGUUAUUAAAAAAAAAAUUUGAACACUUCACAGUUUAUUUCUAAGGAUGCAUGUAUUUGUAAGUCUCUCAAAAUAUGAUAAUGCUAAGCAAAAAGCAGACAACGCAAAGAUAGUGAAUUUCUUUGCAUCACACACUGUGCUUUAAGACUGAGGUUGUGCAGUUUUAAAAAACAUUUAAAAACAAAAUGUCCACUCUAUUAUUAGCAAAAAAAAAAAACUUUCUUUGUGUCACUUAAAUGUGUUCACAGUGUGAGUGCGAUGAAUAAAGAUGUGUGUGUUUUGAGGCCAAGCCUUCAAAAAUAAUGCAGCUUACUGACUUUUCCCGUCUUCCUUUUGUUUGGCAGACAUUACUCGGAUCUAGAAAGUGACACAUUUUCUCACCAGCGCAAACUGUGACACACGUGAUGUCUCUCACCAGGAAGCUCAAGGUGUAAACCUCAUGUGAUGGAAUCCGGUUGAGCUGGCUGAGAGGGCAUCAUGCCAUUUCCUGUAUCCUGCAUGGCAGAUAGGAAUGUUGUGUUCUUACCAAGCAGCAGCAGCAGUAGCCGCAAAUUGUUUUGUUUUAAACUGAAUUUCAGAGUGCUACAAAGACUGGAAAGUACAUUUUUGAAGCAUGAAGCUGGUAUUUUAUGAACAACAUUGUCCUGUUGUGGAUUAUUCUUAAACAGCAGUUCUCGUGUUUACUGUCCAUUACUGUUAUACACCAAGCGCUGGUGAUUUCCUCUUGAAUAAGUGCAUCUGUGUGGGUGAAUUGUCGUCAUUGUCUCCAGCGAUCAGAGAGUAUUCCUCUGUGCUGAUCACUUGGACUCUCCGUACCAGUGGAUCUGCGUCUCCACUGCGUUUUCCACCUUAUGUCACUUUUCUUUCUUCCUUUGUUUCUGCUCUUGACUGCUCUUUCUGCCCCCGACUCUCUCAGCAUUCAAGCCCCAUUUGGUCAGAAUAGCUUUAUGGAAUAACGCAAUAAAGCUGUACUCUUUUCUGUCA